AUGGCUCCCAAGGAGAUAUUCGGUGCCUCGACAGAUGAGGACGUCGCUCUCGGGAAUAUGGGGUACCCGCAAGAAUUCAAACGAUCGUUCGGUCUGUUAGAUAUGGUGGGGUUCAGUUUCAGUAUUGUGACCUGCUGGACAGCCUUAAGCGGUGUCUUCAUCAUUGGAAUCCAGGCAGGUGGCCCACCUGUCAUGAUCUUUGGCUGGAUCGGAGUUUGUGUGUUCACCAUGUUCAUUGCCCUGGCAAUGGCUGAGAUGUGCUCGCGCUGGCCAGUAGCUGGAGGCCAGUACUCGUGGGUUGCCAUGCUAGCACCACCUCAAGUUUCCCGACAGCUUUCUUAUAUCACUGGGUGGUUUAUGCUGACCGGUUCGUGUCCGUCGAUAUUUGGUGGUGCGUACUUGCUGACUUGUUUCCUAGGAAUUCUCGCCAUGGGCGCGGUUAACAAUUCCUUUGGAUCGAAUUAUAUCCUGGGCCAAGUCAACCUGGUCUUCCCAGGCUUCCUUAUUGAGCGGUGGCAUACCGUCCUGGUUGCCUGGGCCGUAGGGCUAUUUGCUCUCGUCAUGAAUGUAUUCGCACCGCACGCUUUGCAUCGUCUAUCUCGCAUCAUCCUGGUGUGGAACAUCGCCUCUUUCAUCAUUGUGAUCACCACACUCUUAGCAAUGAAUCACCAGAAGCAAGACACAGAUUUCGUAUUCCACGAGUUCCGGAAUAUGACCGGCUUUGGCGCUUCAAUGGCUACUAUAAUUGGGAUCCUACAAAGCUUUUUCGGCAUGUGCUGCUACGACGCGCCGAGCCAUAUGACAGAAGAGAUGACCCACGCCAGUCGAGAUGCACCGAAGGCAAUCAUCUUGUCGGUCAUCAUGGGGGGUGUAACUGGACUACUCUUCCUGCUGACACUGUGCUUUUGCAUGGGUGAUAUCGAAGCAACAGCCAACUCAAGCACCGGGGUUCCAGUCAUCCAGAUCUUCUACGACUCGACGCAAAGCAAAGUCGGGACCUGCAUUCUGGCCAGUAUGAUCACCGUCAUCAUCAUGGUCACGUCUAUCAGUCUUGUCGCUGAAGGAUCACGAUCAGUAUAUGCCUUUGCACGAGACCACGGGCUACCAUUUUCAGGGUUGUGGUCUGAAGUCGACCCAAAGAAAAAGAUACCUCUGUACGCUAUUUUUUCUCACUGUCGCAGUUCAGCUUAG